AUGAAGGAGGCCGAAGGCCAGCUUGCGAGAUGGCAGGAACUACUGCAUGAAUUCGGUUUCACUUGUCAAUUUCGACCAGGCCACCAACACGCCAACGCGGACGCCUUUUCUCGCCGCCCAAGUGAGGCCGGCACAGUAGACCCAGAAGUAACGGACGAACACAUAGCGGCGGUUACAAUCAGUGAACCCACUCGUUAUCAUUGGGCAGUGGCACAAAGUACCGAUACAGACACCGCAAUAAUUUACGACCACCAGCUGCAUGGUCGACACAGACCAACAGAGAUCGAACUUCGCGGCUCCUCGGAGGUUGCCCGCCUCUUGUGCCACCAAUGGGCCAACCUGUUCGUUGAGAAUGACCUACUCUUCUUUAAAGACGCAGCAUCCACCCAUCCGCGGCUAGUUGUCCCGAGUAGCCUCGUCAUGCCUGUCCUCACAGACUUACACCACGAGUUGGGACAUGUAGAAGUGACUAAAACGGAAGCGGCUGCUAGGCAGCGCUUCUGGUGGCCCCGCCUCAGAGAGCAAGUCGCCAACUUCUGUAACGCGUGCCCCACCUGUGCCUCCUUCAAGGGUACCAUCCCACGAAAUCAUGCACCCCCACAGCCUAUGAUUACAGGCUUUCCUUUUGAGCGGGUGGGCGUAGACAUAGUCGGUCCGUUGCCUUACACAACUUCCGGCCAUCGCUACAUCUUAGUGUUGGUAGAUUAUUUUACGAAGUGGGCCGAGGCCAUCCCCUUAAGUCAGUUUAAGGCAGUUUAUUAAGGGAAUGAGGCUUUCGCCCUUGAGCACCCUAUUCAUGUCGAUAAACAGAAAUAAAGUCAUCAAUUACAUCAGCAAAUGCGAAAAGUUAAGAAGUUAGCGGUAAGUGUGAGCCAGGCGCAAACUGCCGCCGCUAAAACAAUCAUGAUUGUAUGUACAGUAGGUUCUCAACAAGUGAGCGUCUAGUCUGCACUUAAAGGAUUUAACACUUUCGGAAAGAACGACGGCAUCAGGGAGUCCAUUCCAUGCCCCGAUGACCCUGUGUGAGAAGGCGUUCCGUCGGACGUCCGAAUUAGCCCACUUUCCUUUGCAGUUUGAACGGAUGACCACGCAGACGGUCAGUCCGGGCCAAUUCAAAGAAUUCAUCAAAAUCUAGGGCACACUCUCGGCUUCUGACAAUCCUGUAGGUUUGAAUGAGAUCGCCGCGCAGUUGCCAGUUAUUUAGAGGAAACAGAUUUAGUUCAGUCAGCCUGGUUUCGUAAGGCAAAUGAUGAAGAUUCUUGACCACCUUCGUAGCCAUCGCCUGUACUCUUUCCAGUCUUUGAUAAUCUUUCUUUAACCACGGUCGCCAGGCCCGGACUGCAUACUCUAAGUGAGACCGGACGAAUGCCCCAUAGGUUUUUCCGAACAGCUCCUUGUCGAUCUGCACAAAUCCUCGCCUCAGCACAAAUAACACCCUUAUCGCACUUUUGGCUGCCCUUUGACACUGUGAAGAUGGUUUCAGCGAGGAGGUCAUUAGGACUCCCAGGUCCUUCUGUUCCACAACAUUUGAAAGGGACUGACCACCAAGGACAUAUUGAAAGGAAUCGUCCUCCUUACUGGUCUGUCUGGUGCCGAGUCUCAGGACUACACAUUUGUCCACAUUAAAAUUGAGGAGCCAGCGAGCUGACCAACUGUUUAGGCGGUUGAGACUGUCUUAAAGCGCGUACCUGUCUCCAUCAGAUCUGAUGGGUCUCCACAGCUUAACAUCGUCAGCAUACAUGAUGGCGCUGCAUCCCAGGUUGUCGACGCAGUCGUUAAUGUAAACCAGGAAUAGCAACGGCCCUAAGACGGAGCCCUGGGGUACACCACUUAGAACGGGAGUAGGAGUUGACCUUGAGGCCUCAAUGCACACGGUUUGCGAUCUCCCGUUAAGAAAAUCUGCUAUCCAUAUCAGCAGCCUUCCUCUUAUCCCAAUUUCAGAAAGUUUGUAGAUUAGGCGUUUGUGUGGGACGCUGUCGAACGCCUUCUUAAAGUCUGUGUAUAUGACAUCAACCCUCCCAUCCUCAUCCAGUGCGCGAGUCCACUGCUCCGUCGAGAGCAAUAAACUGGAAAGACACGAGCGGUUCUGUCUAAAGCCGUGCUGCAGGUCUGAGAUUAAAUGGCCCUGCUCCAGGAACUCCAUAGUUGCUUUCUUAACUAUUGCCUCCAUUAUUUUACAGCAGAUGCAGGUUAGACUAACAGGCCGGUAAUUGUUAGCAUAAGUGCGAGCCCCGCCCUUGUAUAUCGGAAAGAUAUUUGCUGUCUUCCAUUCCGAUGGCAACCUCCCUAAUUCGAAUGACGAGCGGAAGAUGUGCGCCAGUGGUUUGGAAAGUUCAUUCGCCAGUUCCUUCAAGAAUUUGGCCGGUAUAUUGUCCGGACCCGCGGACUUUGCUUCCUUGAGAUUUUUCAGCUCCCUUUCCACGGCAGCUGCCGGGAAGAGUAUGGAGUCAAGCACGGGACCAACAGUCUCAAGAGCAUUGCCGGCACUGUGACAGCGAAACUCUGUUUCUCUAGUAAAAACGGAGGCAAAAUACUGUCCUAAGUGUUCGGCUUUCUCGUUGUUCUCAAUGAUCUCUACACCAUUACCAUCCUUCAGCACCGCGACCGGGUCCUUAUUUUUCAGUCUAUUGUUCAGAUAGUGAAAUAAAAUCUUAGGCUUCUGUUCAGCCUGUCGUAUAAUUUUGGAUUAAUACUCCUUCCGUGCCUGACGGAUACAUUUUUUGACGGCGUUUCGUUGACGACGAAAUUCUUCGAAAUGCGCUGGUGACGCAGUUUCCCUGAAUAUUUUCCAUCUUUUGCUUUUCUUCCGUAGCUGCUUAUUUAGGUCCCUAGUUAACCAAGCAGGUUGACUAGUUGUUUUUUGUACUUUAGGUGGACAACAGCGCCUAAUCAGAUCGAGUGAAAUCGUUUUAAAAGAUCUCCAGUCGUCCUCCGGAUCUCCCCUGAAUAUUUGGUCCCAAUUCACGGACAGCAAUUCGUUCUUCAUCAUAUUAAAAUCUGCCUUCCAUAUAUUAGGUUGGCCCUCUGUUCUCUUCUGGCGUUUAGAGAAGAGCGAGUAAUCCCAUAAUAGCGUGGUAUGGUCACUUUUCCCGAGAGGUGCAUUGGAAUACACUUCGUCGAUAUUAGAGAAGUCCUUAGUGAAAACUAGGUCUAGACAAUUUGCUCUCUGGUUCUCUCGAAAUCUUGUUGGUACCUUCACAUGUUGCGCCAGAGGGAGAUCGAGUGUGAGGUCCAGUAGCUUAUUGCUGAAAGAGGUUGGUCCAUCAUUAACUGCCAUAGUUUCCCAAUCUAUUGCAGGUGCGUUGAAAUCCCCAGCAAUAAGUACCUCUUGGUGGCUAGCUACGUCUUUGACUAAACCAAGGAGCGACUCAUCAGCUGCACUCAGAAGAUUUGGUGGUCUGUAAAUCGCCAGAAAUUCUAGAUUUUGUGCAUUGCUCUUCUUUAUCUUUAUUCAGACGGAUUCAUAUUCAAGGGAUAGGGUGUGGGCUCUUUCAACUGCUGAAAUUCCUUCCCUUACAUAUAUGACUACUCCUCCACCCUGCCUAUUUUGACGGUCUCUACGAAACAGCUGGUAACCCGGUAUCGAAAUCUCAGCAUCCAUGAUUUCGGCAUUAAGCCAAGUUUCCUUUAUGGCGAUGACGUCGGGGAUUUGUUCCGGUACUCUCGCUUUGAGUUCGUCGAUUUUCGAAGCGAGACUUUGAGCAUUGGUAUACAAAAAUCUCAAUUUGGCACGAGCAACUCCGGCAUACAGGCGUUUAUCCAUUUCUUGGGAUUGAAUGCAAAAGCCGGUCGGAGCUGAUCGGGAUGAACUGCUUUCUAUCACUCCUAAGCUGUUAGAGUUAUGGGCUUUCUCCAGAGGAAUGGCCUCUGGACGCGUAUAAUUUUUCCGUCCACUAUUAGGAGAUUUGUCUCGCCCAGACUCGACCGCCUGAGGACUUCCAAUUUGAGCCCCCUCCAUUUUUCUCGCUCCGCAGAUGAAAAGUCCCGCUGAAAAAAAACUGAUGGAUGGGCGUGUUUAAGCGCAGCUUUCCUGCUCAAAAGUAGCUGUGCUUGUUCGUCAUUCUCAAAGACAAUUUUUAACGCUCUCGGUCGGUCUGGAUCUUGUUUUGAGUCUUUAAUUUUGCCCAUCCUGAAAGCCUUUAAUACUGUGACUUUUUCGUCUCUUACUAAGAUCGAUUUGAGAUAUUCCUGGAAUAUUUCUAUGUCAUGUUGUAUUCUGUCCUUUGAAGCGUCGGAAACAGACUCAGGCAUGCCCUUUAUAACGAUGCAUUUACUGCGAUCAACUAGACGGCCUUGUGGUAUAAUCAUACCUUCAGAGUCUUCAUCGCAUGCAUCCUGGCUAAAACCUUCCACCGAUUUAGGAAGGUUUGAUUCAGCAGGACUAACGCAUGACUGCCUGUUUACUACGAUCUUUUGAUCAUUUUUCGUUUUCAGCGGCGCGAUUUUCGUGUGCGGCGUAGCCAACUCUUGUUCCCUCGUCUGACUCUCUGUGCCUUUUUGAGGUACACUGAGAUUUCUUUUUGCUCACUGAGAUCGCGUCUGACCGCGCUUUUUUCGCACAAGACACUGGGUAUCAUUCCUAUCAAGCUCUAGCAACCUACUAUUUUCUUUCUCCUCCGUCGACACAAGAUGCAGCUUCGGUCACCAACGCGCUGCUAAAGGAAUGGGUCUGUCGAUACGGAGCAUCUUUUUCACUUCACUCCGAUUGCGAUGCCAACUUCGAAAGCCACCUUCUACGCGAAGUCUGUGACCUGCUCCUGAUCCUUAAGGCUCGAACUUCACCAACCCACCCAGAGGGCAAUGGCCAGGUGGAGCGUACAAACCGAAUUAUCAUUAAUAUCCUGAAGGCGUUCGCCGAGGACCACCACCCACACGAUUCGGACGUGAAAUUACCCUUCGCUAUGAUGUCCUACAGAGCCGCCAUUCCCUCUUCAACGGGUCACGCGCCAUUCUAUAUGUUGACCGGCCGCCAAUUCCGACUACCGGCAGACUCGAACGUCCCUCGGCAGCAACCGACAGCCUAUACAACCGACAACUACGUGAUAGAGCUACAGCAGCUACUAAGACUCACGCACAACCUGACCCUCACAGAACCCCGCAACGCGUACGACAGACAGAAGACUUUUUUCGACCGCCGGACACACGGGCUCCCCUACCACAUCGGCGAUUAAGUGCUCCGCUAUCGGGCGGUUCCGCCUGUUGGCACACCGGCCAAAUUCUUCCAUCCGUGGGAAGGACCGUUCGCAGUCGCCGACGUCAUUUCGCCCACUACUUACAUUAUCCGCAACGCCCUCACCCACGCCGGCCCCACCUUCACUGUACACUUCGACAAGUUAAAACCUUACCACGGCCGUCUCCCCGUAGCGUCCCAUGAUACCGUACGCAUUCUCCCUCCCCAUUUAGUCCCCUCGCCUACCAAUGAAGUGGAAGUUCCUCUCGACCCACACCCCCCAAAAGGCCUAGCGGACGGGGCACUGCCUAGAGGGGGAGAGGGCAGUUGUAGCAGGCACACACGAAUGGUUGUUUUAAUAGACAAGGGCGCUAGAUUUGAUAGCAAGGGUGCCUGGUGUCUGGACACUAUCUGUCUGCUUUCUCUUGUUUUUUUUUAGUUGAGGUGCGCGAGGAAGAAGACUCCCCCUCCCCGGUGGCAGCAUCCAACUCCACCUUCCCUGGACAACUGUGAAACUAACGUUUCUUGGACUAAUGGACCCCCUUCUGUUUUGCCCUCGUUCUACGUUCCCCUUUUUUGCCCUUCCUCAAUAAACCUUGGAGUACUACGCGGCUUAUCGUGUGCUUGAGGACUGUUAUUCGAUCAUGAACGCUUGGAAGGAUGAUCCUAACGGUUCACAAAUUGGACAGAAUGCCCUAGUUUUCGACGUUCCGUCUCAGGCAACCUAAAAGGACACCAGUGAACCCUCGGCCACCGAACCCCUUUCGAGGUCGGACGCUACAGUUUUAGUAAGUGCCAGCUGACUCGGCGUCCAAUUCAGUUCGGUGUGCUCGGGUUUGGGUUUUCACUUCUGCGAUACCACUUCACUUCGCACUUUUUUCGCCGAAAACAUUACGGGCAAUUGCGUAAAGAGAAUAUAAAAUGAGGCAUUUAGGUCACUUAGACAAACAUCGACCCCUAUCGGCUGAUGAAAGUACAAACUCACAAAAAAAUUGGUGCCAUUAGUGUCCAGCUGCUUCUUUGCCAAGAAUACGUCCGAGAAUACGCAUUUAUAGGCCUUCUAUUAACAUGAACGAAGAAUAAGUAUUAGUAAUUAUCAGGUUUAGUUUUCGGUGGCAUUAAUGGCACUUGUGGCACAACCUCAUGCAGUAUUAAGCCGGUGAUUUCUUCCAGAGAAGUAGGGAUGCCCAGCGUUUUGGAUCUGUGUAAUUGUCCGAAGCAUAUAAACUGACUUGUGUUACGGUGUUCACAGAAACCGAUACUCCAGAGUCUCCAUUAGUAUGCCCAGCGUCAAGUAUGCUAAAUGGAGAUAAGAAGUUUUUUGUCCGUCAUAAUUUACCAGAUACCUGUACAUAAUCGCUCGAAUAUAAACGUCAACAAAGACGUUAUUUAUUUCCAAAUGAGUGCUAGGGGGGAUAUUUUGUGCAUACUUCCUAUGUGAUAUGUUUGGAUUUAUGGAGAAAUUGAAAAGCAGUGGGCAGGAAAAAAUCGCGCCACAUAAGUAGCCACUUUGACGGGUGUCAUUUUUGCAGGCGGCCGGCGCAUUUAGAAGCUAACGCCCUGGCAUGACUGAAAUAUAUUGGGAUUAUGUUACAUGCUGGUCGAUGUUACAACAUCACUUAAGUAACCCUUUCUAACCGUAAACGCAUUUAAGAAUUUCGGUUUACAUGUCAUAGAAUACGCCGCCUGCCAUACAUUCUUGGCAGACAAAUCAUUGGAAGUUCUACACUUGUAUAACUAAAAUAUUAGGAUCUGCAACCGUCUCCGAUCUCUUCCCCAUUUGUAUGCAUACGAAUUAUAUCAAGUAUGACGCUGUAUGCAUGUUUCACCUGCGCUGUCAGCAUACAUAGGCGGUGGUGUGAACCCAUUAUAAAACCGAAGUUAAAGUCUCAGUUUCACCUGGAAGCUGGGGAUACGCAUCCUUCGCAAACGGCUGCGUGGUGGCUAACGAUCAGUAAUUGAGAAUUCCCUCAGUAAAGAUAGUGAUCUUUGUAUGCCUCGAGCUUACAACCCACCGUUGACGUGGCGUCGGCAGGAAAGACUGAAUAAGCUAGAAAUUAUCACUCCUGUAUCCGUGUUUUUAUUGACAAAAACGUAUCGAUUACCAAUGUGAAUAUAGGUCUUAUCUGCCCCGUUGUUCAAAGCUUAUGUCAUUAAAGAAGACUAGUUUUGCGCCCGCCUGUAAUACACCUUAUCCAAUAACCCGCCAGGUCGUUAAGAAGUUUUUUUCUUGUUAGUGAAUGUGAUAACGGUGACUGAAUUACGAGCCUUGUUUCUCGGCACAAAUACAAACUUUCAGUCGUUUAAAAGACCAGUUUUGCCGGUACACAUUUCGUCGACACGAACUCCUGUCGAAUUUGGAGCCGCUGCCAUGCCAAAUGUGGAGAAGACACAGGUUCGCUUUAUUGGAAAACGAUUGCUGAUCGCGCAGCUCGAGCCUUACUGAUUCCUGGUGCCGUAGACUGCAAUCCCCCCAGGCUGUCGUGUUUAUUGUCGACAGGAGUAGCUCUGAGUCCACGUUCGUUUAGCUAGCAUGGGCGGAGGCUAGCUUUUUUCGUCAAUCAUUGCACCUACACCAUCCUGUCAAACCCUCUGUCCAAAGUGCCAUAUUCAAUCUACUCAGCCCCUCGUAUGUAACCAGUGAUGUAGUCAAGACUGCGCCAGAGCAUUGUUCCUUCCCACAUGGGGAAAUCAGUCGAAAAGUGUAGUUUAGCCAGUCCGUGACGCUUGGACAGGUGUCUUUUUAACUUUAUCCACCCUAACAAAUGCAUGCUUUUUAUGUUAUGCAGUUUCGAGGUAUGGUCUUUGGUUCGCGUUCUAUACGAACGUCAUGAUUACGGUAAGUGCGUUCGACUCGUCCUGAAUUCGUUCACGCGUGCCUUAAUGUCCCUGUUCUGACUGAUUUUUUUCCUUAGCUGUUAGCGUUCUAUUAAUCUAUAUUUAGUGUUUUCAUGCUCAUCGGCCAUUCCGAUAGCUUUGUAACGGAAUACGGAUUCGAUCCGCCGUACAGGUAUUUCCAAAACCGCUAUUUUAGUCCGGAAGGAGCUCGAAAUAGAUACCACAAUGUCCAGUAUUAAAUCAAAGUAGCCCCGUUUGCAUGCGAUCUACAUUUUAUCUGUCGUGACGAUGGCACAACUGUCUUGGUCAUUCGCGAAUAAGCCUUAUUUCACGUCAGGUGGGUGCGCUUUUCGAGAUGCCUAUGCUUCAAACGUCUUGGGGUAGAACUUACCUUCACUCGUAAUUGCGCCUUAAAUUGAGCCCGGAUUGGUAUACCUCUUUUCGGGCUCAUACCUCUUCUGUAUUGCCGAAGCAUUCUUCAUCAUUCAAAUCCAAAACAUUGUUCUGUAUUUAGACUUAAUACCUUUGUCAAUGCAAAGGCGUCCACUGACGAGGAUUGAGUUGUCCUGGGAUGAUAUUGAGAACUAUGAGAAAUUCAUGAAGUCGAAGAAUGCUUCUUCUCUGCGUAGUGCGCAAGUGUCCGAUCAGGGCCACGAACAGGUCACACCCUCCCAACCAAUUCGCAAGUCCAAUCGCAGGCGGCUUGGUAAUCACUGCCUCCGUCCGUUUACGUUUCCUGACCUCUCUCCUUGUAGAUUCUCCCGAUACGGACGCCUAG